CGAUCAUAUAAGCGGUUAUCGGCGCCGUUUCCUUUAUGGCUGCUUGUUACUUCCCCAUUAUCAACGCUUAGCACGUAAACACUCUGGCUUUUUUAAAAUCGCCUAGUUCCCACACCACCUGCGCCUUGUUUAGUUGUUAAACUAUUUCUUUGUACGUGUUAGGGAUAAGUGCUACGUGUUGGCAGCGCGCCGUGUUUGUUGCUUACGCCGGUCGGCAUGCUUCUGCAAUAGUAUGAGCUCAGACUCGGGUUCCUGCUCCGGAUCGUUCCGCUCGUCUCGCAAAAGGGCCAACGAGGAUUAUUUUGAAGAAAUUGAUUCCAAGCGCGCCUGCGCCAUGUUUCAGGGACAGCCGGCAGCGGCGUUGCUGGAGACUCUGCGAAGUGGCCUGAACAGCACCUCCUAUGCUCCUCCAGAUAAGGGCGCGCUUCGUAAAGCGGCACACUCCCUAGCAGAGCUAUGCAAGCAAGAUGAGUUUAUCGAUGACGUGGUUGCCGAGGGUGCUAUCGAGGUAGUUGUGCCAUUGCUGAACGCUGGAGGCUCAGCUAUGCGGGAACAGCAUCAAGAAGAUACCGGCGUUUCAGGAGCAACACUUCAGGAGGAACUUGACAAGGAGUUAUGCUUUAUCCUGGGCUUGCUCGCUGUCAAGCCGGAGUACCAGACGCGCAUUGCUUCGUCAGGCGCUCUCACAGGCCUUGUUCGCUUACUUAAAGAGCACAAGCUUACAUCUAUUACAAAACCCCAGCCAGGCAGCGGUGGCGUCGCACGACGGGCUGCAGAUGCCAUCACGAACCUAGCGCACGAGAAUGUAGAAAUCAAGAACAUGGUUCGAGAGCAAGAUGGCAUUCCUCCGCUCGUCGGCCUGCUGGAGGCCAUGGACGUGAAGGUUCAGCGAGCGGCCUGCGGUGCGCUGCGCACGCUUGCGUUUAAGAACGAGCAGAACAAGAAUGUCAUUGUUGAGCAGGGCGCGCUGCCAACCCUCAUCCAGCUACUCCGCUCCGAAGACAGCGGGGUGCACUACGAGGCGGUGGGCGUCAUCGGCAACCUCGUGCACUCUUCACAGCACGUCAAGCUGCGGGUACUAGAGGAGGGUGCGCUGCAACCGGUGAUCAACCUGCUUAACUCUGACUGCCCCGACAGCCAGCGCGAGUCGGCUCUGCUGCUGGGCCAGUUCGCCACCGCCGACCCCGACACCAAGGCCAAGAUUGUGCAGCGUGGCGCCGUGCCGGCGCUCGUCCGCAUGCUGGGCAUGCCCGACGUCAGCCUCAAGGAGAUGGCCGCCUUCGCGCUGGGCCGCCUCGCGCAGAACGUAGACAACCAGGCCGGCAUCGUGCAGCUGGGCGGUCUACCUCCGCUGCUCGAACUGCUCGAGUCGAAGCACUACAACCUUCAGCACAACGCGGCGUUUGCGUUGUACGGACUGGCGGAGAACGAGGACAACAUUCCCGACCUCAUCCGCGAGGGGGCGCUGCAGCGUCUGGAGGACUGCAAGGAGAAGCUGCAAGUGCAGGCUUCCAAGGAUUGCGUACAGAAGACCAUCAACCGGUUGGAGCAGAAGCUGAAGCCCGACAACACCGCGGCGCCCAACCUGGCUGCCGCCAAGCGCGCGCUGCAGUCUAUGGUCUUCCUGCUGCGCUCCAACACCAAGACCGUGCAGCAGCGGGCAGCCAUGAGCCUAGCUAGACUGGCGCCAGACGAGCAGCUCAAGUCCAUCUUUAUCGACAAGCGCGGUAUCGAUGUCCUGCUGGACAUGUUGAUGGACCCCAACGUGUCGCACCGCUCCCACCGGGAGGCUGCGGCCGCGCUGCUGCAGCUCACCAAGAAGCUGGACGCGCACCUGCCUGUAGUGGACCAGCUGCCGCAGCAGCCGGGCCGCGCCGAGCGCUCCGUGUACCUGGGCGCCGAGUACGUGAACAACCCCACCCUGGCGGACAUCACCUUCAACGUGGAGGGCCGCCGCUUCUAUGCUCACCGCAUCGCGCUGCUAGCCUCGUCGGAGGCCUUCCGGGCCAUGUUUAGCGGUGGAUAUCGGGAGCGGGACGCGGACAGUGUGGACAUUCCCAACAUCAGCUGGUCGGUGUUUGAGGCCAUGAUGCGCUUCGUGUACACGGGUCAGCUGGACGUCACGCCAGACAUCGCCUUUGAGCUGCUGCAGGCAUCCGACCAGUACCUCCUGGAGGGGUUGAAGCGGCUCUGCGAGAACGCCAUAGCGCAGUCGCUCACGGUGGACAGCGUCAUGUCAACCUUUGAGUACAGCGAGCAGUUCUCCGCGCCGCAGCUGGGCCGCCGCUGCCUGCUGUUCGUCUUGGAACACUAUGACGACGUAUUCAAGCUGUACGACAACACCAAGGACCGCCCCUUCUACUUUGACUGUCUGCGCCGUAUGGUACCCUGCCUCAAGGACUCGCUGUACUGCGGCUCGGGUCCCAUCUGGGAUAAUUCCACGACUGCACACAACGGGGCCGCCGGUGCGGCGGCUGCAGGCACUGCGGGUGGGCCGGGUGCAGCGGCGCCUGCGGCAGCAGGGGGCGGGGACGGUGGAGCGGCUCCAGGAGGGGCCCCCGGGGCUGGCCCUGCGGCGGGGUGGGCCGGCGGCCGGGGCAGCCGAGCACAUUAGCAGAAGCAGAGCGAUGUGUGGCAAGCUUGAUGGAUGGGCCGGGGUAAGGGCGGCCGCAACAGGUGCACAGCCUAGUUGACGCUAGUUAGGUGGCGGAAGAUAUUGGCCCACGGCAUAGCAUGUUAGGUAUUUGUUCAUUUAAGAGUCCACAUAGUAUCGUGCCUAGUGAGUGGGAUGGAACCGGCUAAUGCACCAGCUCUGGUACGUGGGGACUGUUAUGUAUGAUAUCAACGGUACGGUUGUUGAGGCUGGCGUUCAUAACGGAGGGC